AUGCUGGAAACAGAGACUGCACACGGCGCACUGGAUGCGAAACAUGAUAACCAAAGUCACACCCAGAAGAGAAAAUCCCAGGAGAUCGAUCGUAACACUACCCAGCUAUUGGAUGUUGAAUUAUCCCGGGUUGCCACAUCAAAGCUAACGCCAUAUGACGAGCAGGGCUACAUCUAUAUCCUUCGCGAUUGGGAAAAUGGUCUUUUCAAGAUCGGAUUUGCCAAAGAUCCUAAAUUACGGAUUAAGCAACACAAUAAGUGUGGUCGAGACCUGAAAACGGUUCAUGUGUCACAUCGCAUUAAGUGGGCAAAGCGGGCCGAGCGGCUAGUUAAGUUGGAUUUGAAGCACUUGUGUAGGCCUUGGUUUUGUUCAUCAUGUCAGCAACGCCAUGGGGAGUAUUUCCAGGUUACCGAGGAGAGAGCAAAAGAGAUAGUAGAGAGAUGGGUAGACUGGAUUAAUAGGUGUCAGCCUUAUGGUGCAGAUGGGAACAUCAAUCCGUUAUGGAAUCAUUUGAUCCAGUUCAGCAGAACACCCAAGCAAGCGAUGCGAAAUUAUGACCAUGAAGCCCGAUGGGCGCACUGGAGUUGGAUGUUAUCCUCGCCUUCUGAAGACGAUUUGAAGGAUUUGGCUCAAUUGGACGGCUGA